UCGAAGCUUUACGGUUGAUCCGCGGAUGAAAGGGCGCCAUAAAACAAAGAGAACUUGGAGAUACGACUCGCGAAACGUUUAACAGUUAUUAUAUCCAGCCAAUUGGCGUAGUUCGCUGCGCCGACUGUGUUGUUAACUACGCUGUUUGUUUUUGUUUUUUGCAAGUGCUUCUGAGUGCCGAAGUUAAACAAGUCCGUGCGUAAGCCAGCCAGUUCAAUCGCCCGCUUGCGUGAAGGACCCAGUUUUAGCCAUGGCCCAAACAGAGGCCAAAACCACGUGCACGCGGCGUCGCCGCCAGUUUUUGCCCGAUGGCCAAAAUAGGCAGCAGCAGCAGCAGAAGCGACAACAACAACAUUGUUAGCGGUUUCCUCUCGAAAAUAUAUCGUGUGCUACAUAAUGCCGUUAGAUAUUUAUAACGGCUCAGAUCGCAUACCGUUAAUCGUGGAUUGUGGCACUAACUGAACUGGUCGAGCGAUUGUUGUGAUUAUCCUUAUUGUGAUCCCGCCCAUCAAAAGUGGGGAUAAGCGUUGGCAACAGUUGGCAAUUCGUAAGCAUUUUAGAGGCCAGCAUCAGAUUAUAUCAUCACUGUUUUCGGAGGACUCAUUACAGUUGAAUUCAGCAUCCGGCGCGACAGGCUGUCUCAUUUCCACAUCCACGCUCGCAUUCAGCCAACUCUGAGGACCCAAAAGGAGAAAAUAAGGGGAGUGAAAAAGAAAAAACAACAAGCGACAGGCUCGUAAAAGGGCGCUGUACAGCAAUAAGAACAUUUUAUGACGGUCACAUAAUAAGAUCGAAAAGGCCCCGCCCACUGUCGCACAAACCGGAGGCGCAGAGGAGGAUGCAAAUUACGUGGCACAUGAAGCGUCAAAGCGUUUGAUUUGAUUGUCAGCGGCAGAAGUGCGAGAAGUGAAGUGAAGUGAAGGGAAGCGAAUCGUUUACCGACCAAGUUUACACCUCCAACGGACCGACUGGCACCGAUUGAUUGAUUGAUUGACAGAUUGGCCAGGACUCGGAGGUUAGAGGUCAGUGGCAGAGGCAGAGGCAGCAGCAACAGCACAAUGAACAAGAAGUCGCCACUGCCGUUGGCGGCAUUUCUCGGCGGCGACGGCAGCGGAAACUGUGCCGCCAGCGGCAGCAGCAACGUUGCAGCAACUGCAGCAUCGGCGGCUGCGAACGGUUCCGGCGGACGUGGCGGUCGCCAGUCGUCGACGGGCGGCUCGUCGAGCGGCGGCGGGGGAUCCAAGUCGGAGAAGCAGGCGGCACGGGAGGCGGGCGGGGGCGGCGUAGGCAGUCUAUGCGGUUGCCAAAAGGCGCCCAAGUCGCACUGCAUAUCAGCAACAGGCGUGCUUUUGUUGGUGCUGCUCUACACCGCCAUGGGUUCCAUUGUGUUCGUGACGCUCGAGGGCGAAUUGGAGGAUGGUGGCGCCCUGGAAACCGCUGUGGCCGCCUCCAAGCCAUAUCCCCGCACCGAAUUGGCCAACGCCGAGAUACGAUCCAGAACUGUGGAUCGUUUGUGGUCAAUAACGGAGGACCUGAACAUAUUGUACAAGGAGAACUGGACGCGACUCGCCGCGCAGGAGGUGCAGCUGUUUCAGGACACUUUGCUGCGGGCGGUGCGACAGUCGAAGGUUUAUCCCCCCGGCGGAAUCCAGUUGAAUGCGCCCACACACAAAUGGACCUACGCCUCGGCCUUUCUCUACUCCCUGACAUUAAUUACGACGAUAGGCUAUGGCGGCAUCUCACCGCGGACGCAGUGGGGCCGAGUGGCGGCAUUGGUGUACGCCCUAUUCGGGAUUCCCAUCGUGCUGCUCUACCUAUCCGCCAUGGGCGAAGCGCUCUCGGCGGGAAUGCGCUGCCUGUUCCGGCGCCAGCGUGUGAAGGGCGGACCUGGUGUUGGCCCCGGUGGCGGCGCCUCUGGUGGAGUGGGCUCGGGCCCAGGAGGAAGUGGUGGCGGCCGAAAGACGGACAAGAACAAGGGCCAGGGGCACUAUGGCCACCAGAAGCUGCAUCAGUACGGCCUGCCGCCGUCGGUGUACCAGCAGCAGCAGGCGCAGCAAGCGCAACAGGCGCAGCAACAGCAGGCGCAACAAGCGCAGCAGGCGCAGCAACAGCAGGUGCAGCCGGGCAAGAAAUCCUCGGGCAAUCGCCGUGGCUCGCCCAGUGUUCCCAUAUCCAUCUGCGUGUGUGUGCUGCUCUGCUAUGUGAGCAGUGGUGCGAUUCUGUUUCACAAACUGCAGAACUGGAGUGUCCUGGAGUCGCUCUACUUCUGCUUCACCUCGCUGGGAACCAUUGGAUUCGGUGAGAUGGCGCCCAAUGGUGCAGUGGCUCUCUACACGGCCUCCGCCUACAUUCUGGUCGGCAUGGCCGUGGUGGCCAUGUGCUUCAGCCUCAUCCAGACGGAGAUCGUACUGUGGCUGCGCCGCUUCAGCGUCCAGGAUCACGUGAUGCCCAAGGCCGAGGAACUGGCUCUAGUCACCGUGGCGGUCACGCCGAAACCCUCCUGACAGCGACCCAGUGCGGAUCCCAGUCUGGGCGUUGGAUUGGGAGUUGGUCUGGCCGGCGGCGCCCUGGGGCAGCCGCAAAACAAUCUCGGCCAGCACCAGACCAUGUUCUUUGGACCCGCCCACACGCUAACGCAGUACAGUUCGCUGCCGCGCAGGAGUCACCUGCAGGCGGCCAACAAUUCCGGCGGAGGAUCGGCCUUCCAGCGAAACACGCCCAUCCGCAGAUCGACGGGCAUACCGGAGCACCAUCUGGAGUACUUUGUGCCGCGCAGCAUCAGUGAGUUCAAUCUGUCGGGAGUGGGCGAUCUCGCCCUGCCGCCACCACGUAGAUACUCACCCAAUAUGGUGGGUGGUGGUGGUGGUGGAAUGGGCGGCGGAAUGGGCAUGAAUAUGGGUGGCAUGGGCAUGAACAUGGGCAUGGGCAUGGGCCUGCCACAUGGCCUCCAGUUGGGUCCACCCCAGACGCUGCUCUGUUCGGCCACGCCCACUGUGCAGCAGCAACAGCAACCGCCUCCGCCGCCGGCACAACUGCAGAUUGUCACCCUAAAGCCGCGCAGCGAGAAGAUGGUGACCUUCGAGGAUGAGUCAAAGCAGGCGGUGGGCGGUGGAGCAGUUGGCGGAGGAGCCGGUGGCUCCGGCACGCCACCGCAUUGUCCACACGGAGUGCCGACGACUCCGCGAAAAUCGCCGGCCGUGGGCGAUAUAUUCAUGUGACCAGGAGCGCAGGACGAGGCGGCCCAGUUGGAUGCAGCAAUGCGAUUGCGCGACAGCAUCGAUGAUGCACUGUGUCCAAAAGCUGGACCGGCGCCAGGUGAAGUGAUACGUGUCUAGAAAAUCAAAGGAACAUCAACACUCACUCACUCACACAUGCACACACACACACCAACACACUGUAAGUAAAUGCACUCUUUUCCGAAGCAAAAGGGAGUGGAACAAAAAACAUUGCCUACUUUUGAGGGCCACUGUGUUUUUCAGCAUAUACAUAAAUAUAAAUAAAACAUUGAGCAAAUAUUUAAUGUUAUGUGUGUAAAUAUAGCAUACAGAAACCACAAAGAAGGCAAACAACUAAAGUUGAGUCGCACUUUGCGACAGAACGAGAGAGUGAAUUAAAAUUAAAAUUCUAAAUGAUAAAUGCAUAAAUAAUUAAAUGCUGCGUGAGGGCGUUUUACGGUUAAUGCCGUGGAACACGGAUCCAGGAAUUAAUAAAUACACUCAACCACACACACAUGAACACGGACACACACACACACACACACUAUGAAUAAUAAAUAGUGAGUGGGCGUGGCAUUAGGGGGCGGGCAAGCAGAGCAAACAAAAUGCAAAUGAAAAUGACAAAUUGUAUAAAUACCAAAGGACAAAGUUUAUUUAAGCGAUUUGUUAGUUAGUUGCUCCUGCUCUCUCAGUUCAUUUUUUUUUUUUGUUGUCAUUUUUUGUUUCGCCGUUUCUGGUUCAAUUUUCAAUUUUUUUAUUUGCUGUUUCGCAGGGCAAAUAUGUAUAAAUUUCCGGAAGGCAUAUUUUUUUCUAUUUGCAAAAUGCUGAUGGUUUUAUUUUCAGCCAUGCCAAAUGUUGUUUAAACUGUGCCAAGUAAAAUCGAAAUCUAUUCUAGAAAAUAUAGUAACUUUUUUUUUUAACAAUAACUAACUAACUGUACUAACUGUAAAUUAAGUUUCCCAGUUCCCACUGUUAAACGGUGCCAAGUUAAAUGUAAAAAUGCAACCCAAUAAUAGCAAAUGUGUUUUUAAAUGUAAAUUCGCAUUUUUACCAAUCGAACUGUUGAAUGUAACCGUUAGUGAAUAAGGUUCAAAGUGUUAAGUGUGUAUAAUAUGAGUGUAAGAUAAAUGCCAAAGAGGGGAACCGAAAGUAUUAUCAAAAUUGAUUGUUGAAGCUGACCUUUAAUCCGACUAAAUGCCACGUACAAGCGAUCAACGAAUUACCAGCGAUUUAUUCAAAAACUUUGGUGGCAUUUAGCUUGAGUAUUUUUAGCCGCCAUUUUCCAUCCGUUUGGCAAAACUCGUAAUUUCCAAACCGCCCACUGGCAAUUAGGUUUAAAUACUUUUUAAAUGCAUUUUGAUUGUAGGUAAUUGAGCGCGUGAAUGGCCAUUUGUUGUUUGUUUCUGUUGGUUUUUGGCCUUGUUUUCAGUUGCCUGUGUUCUGUUGGCCGUUUUCUGUUUGGUGUUGCUGUUUUCCACUGACAGGACAUCCAAUUGGAGGGCUGUCAAGCGAGCGGAGCUCAUUUGAGCGCGUUUUUGUUGCUUUCGCUGCUUUGCGGCAAUUCAUUUAAAAUAAAUUCAAUUUCAGAGUGGGCGUGGCCGGCCGCCUGGUUGCAUUUGUUAAUUUUUGCCAUAUUCAAUUUGUGGCAUUCAAUUAAAAUAGUGAAAUUAAACCAGAUAGGAUAGUCAUCGCUCGUAAAACACAAAGCAUGCCAACAAAAACAGAAAAAAAAAACAAACGAAAAAGAAGAUUAAUAUAACAUAUAAAUAAAGAAGUUUUUUAAAAAUACAACAUGCUGGACAACCUUCGAUUUAUGGGUUGUGGCCCCGCAGAGACUAAUUGCAGAGCUCAAAAACUUGGGUCAUAGCCAAAGCCAAUUCAGAUAGAUGUCUAUGUAGUUAAUAACUAACUAACUAACUAACAGCCAAACGGUAAUAGUAUAACAAAAGAGCGAUAAAACAAAUAUUGAAAUUAAGCCAAUGUAAUUAAAUUAAGACCACUUCAACACGCAUUCACACACACACACACACACACACACACACACACACACACACACACACUGACAGAGAGACAGAGAGAGCCACAACCACAGACAAAUUAAUACCAUAAAGUAAACUAAAUGUAACGAUACUUUUUUUUUGUCAAAUUCCUAGCACGGUAAGUUGAACUUUUAGGCUAACCGCAUAGGCUCAUUGCGAGUGGCAGUUAAGGAUAAUUACUCUAAUUCAUAUGUACUCCUAGUCCACUAGAUACACAUACAUAUGCGUAUACAUAUACAUAUACAUAUAGAUAUGUAGCCGUACACAAAACGAAACUAAUCUAGCAUUGAUAAAGGCAAAUACCAAUAAGAAAUACCGCAGUUCGCAUCACAUAUAUAUACAUAUAUAUAUAUAUGUAUACAAACAUCUCUCUAUAUAUAUACAUAUAUAUACAAGCCCAACCAAAAGAAAAGAGAAGAAUAAAUACAUCAUGAACAAUUUAGUCAAAAA